GGGCGGGCAGCCCGGCACUUUCCUUUUUGGAGCGGGGAGGAGCGGCAGCUGCGCAGGCGUUUCUCGCACCCUGUUGAUUAGUCAGUGCUGGGAUGGCGCUUCCUGGGCCAGGCACGGCGGCGGGCAGAGCGCCGAGCGGCUCCAGCCGGUCCCGGGGGGCGGCGGUGGCGGCAGCCGCCCGGCGGGCGUCCCUUUCUGCGUAGCCCGGCCCGGCUUGUCCCGCGGCGGCCGGCGCUGAGCGCGGCGGGCGGGCGGGCGGGCGGGCGAGCGAGCACCCUCCCUCCUUCGCUGCCUCUCGCUCUCUCCCUCCCUCCCUGCCUGCCGCCGGCGGGAGCAGCCCCCCGCCGGCGCUGCGUGUCUGGCUCCCCGCUGCCCAGGCCGGGCGGAGGACGGGAAGAUGGACCCCGGCCCGCCGCCGGGCUGCAGCCUCAAGGAGGUGAAGUGGAGCGCCGUGGCCGUGCCCCUGGACCUGCUCGUCAGCACCUACCGGCUCCCCCAGAUCGCCCGGCUGGACAGUGGAGAAGCUGUAGAAGGCCUUCGAGAGAGUGAUUAUCUUCUGAUUCAUUCAUGCCGACAGUGGACAACAAUUACAGCUCACAGUCUGGAGGAGGGUCACUACGUCAUAGGGCCAAAGAUAGAAAUCCCUGUACAUUAUGCAGGGCAGUUUAAGCUGCUGGAACAAGACCGAGAUAUUAAGGAGCCAGUGCAGUAUUUUAACAGUGUGGAGGAGGUGGCUAAAGCAUUUCCUGAACGAGUUUACGUCAUGGAGGAAAUAACAUUCAACGUUAAGGUGGCUUCAGGUGAAUGUAAUGAAGACACUGAGGUUUACAACAUUACGCUUAGUACUGGGGAUGAGCUCACUUUAAUGGGGCAAGCAGAAAUCCUUUAUGCAAAAUCUUCUAAGGAGAAGUCACGACUCAACACCAUCUUCAAGAAAAUCGGGAAACUUAAUUCAAUUAGUAAGCUAGGCAGAGGCAAAAUGCCCUGCCUCAUCUGCAUGAACCACAGGACCAACGAAAGCAUCAGUCUCCCUUUCCAGUGUAAGGGCAGGUUUAGUACCCGCAGCCCAUUGGAGGUGCAGAUGCAGGAAGGUGAGCACACAAUUCGCAAUAUAGUAGAAAAAACUAGGCUGCCUGUUAAUGUAACUGUGCCAAGCCCUACACCAAGAAACCCUUAUGACCUGCAUUUUAUCCGGGAAGGGCACAGGUAUAAGUUUGUUAACAUUCAAACCAAGACUGUGGUGGUUUGUUGUGUGCUUCGUGGCAACAAAAUUAUUCCAAUGCAUUUUCCCUUGCACUUAACACUUCCAAAAUUUACCCUACCUGACAGUCUUGUGAAGGGGGAGCUGUGGCAUGAAUCCCUCAUCCAGCACUGGUUUAAUAUAUGCCAGGAACAGUUUGACAUAGAUGAGUAUUCCCGUGCUGUGCGAGAUGUGAAAACUGACUGGAACGAAGAUUGCAAGAGCCCGAAGAAAAGUCGAUGCACUGGGCACAGCCACGUGCCGAAUUCCCUGAGCUAUGCCAGGGAUGAACUUACGCAGUCCUUCCAUCGGCUGUCAGUGUGUGUCUAUGGAAACAAUUUGCAUGGGAACAGUGAAGUGAAUCUUCAUGGUUGCAGGGACUUGUGUAGUGCGUGGGCCCUGUUUUCUCACGAUGCUCUUCAGUACCAGGAUUCUGGUGACAGUAGCAGUGAUUAUCUUUUUCCUGAAGUUAGUGAAGAAUCAAUGUUUCUACCUACAAAACCAGAACUUCCUUAUGAAGAGCUGUGGUUGGACCAAGGAUCUGGAAAGCCUGGGGACCAGCCUUUUACUCGCACACUAAGUGAGAAGAACAAAUGCGACAAUUACAGAGGCUCUUUCCGAUCAAAGUGUGGUACCGCACUUCUUCCUGUGCCUGGGACUAUCGGAGCAACGACAAAGUCUUCAGAUGUUUCCCUACCUCCACCUCCAGUGCCUCCCAAAUCAGAAGCAGUAAGAGAGGAAUGCAGGCUCCUGAAUGCUCCUCCAGUUCCACCACGGAGUUCAAAGCCGUCCUCUUCCACCAGUCCCUCCAUUCCUCCUCGCACAGUCAAACCGACACGGCAGCAGACCCGUUCACCUAGCCCCACUCUGUCUUACUAUUCUUCAGGACUUCACAACAUCAACGUCACAGAGAGUGACAACACAAAUGCUACCGAGAGCACACCUGUUUCCUGCUACCCUUGUAACAUGAGGAAAACCGAAUCCAAAGAGCCUGAUAGCACGAUGCCUUUUGGAAGCCCCUCAGCUGAAGCUCUUUCUUGUAGGUUAUCUUGGCCAAACCAUUUUUCAGGAACUGCUGAUGGCCUAAAUAGGAAUGAUUUCCUGCUAGAUCCGAGCAGGAGCUAUAGCUACCCCAGGCAGAAGACUCCAGGCACGCCAAAGAGAAACUGUCCAGCACCUUUAACUUUUGACUUCGAUGGGUGUGAGCUCCCUGCGGGGUACGCUCCACUGACGCCAGCAGAGUUUACUAACACCAUCUCCAGCUGUCCAAAGUCAGCCAGUUACUCACUAGAAUGCACUGAUGAGAAAACUCUGGUGGUCAGCAAUGCAAAGCAGAGUCAUUCGUGUCCUGCCUUACCUCCUCGUGCACCCAAAUCAGGUGAAGAGAAACCAGCUUUAGACACGUGUCCAUUACCACUAAAAAUAGAUGGUGCCGAGGAGGAAUCCAAAACUGAUUCACCAGACCUCUUGGAAGAUCAGUAUCUCGUUAAAAAGGGCAUGCAGGACACUUUCUCUGUGUCUUAUCCUUUCUCAUCUCCCCUCCACCUCCAGUUAGCACCAAGGUCUUGUGGGGAUGGCUCUCCCUGGCAACCACCCACAGACCUUUCUGGACUCUCAAUAGAGGAAGUGUCUAAGUCGCUGAGGUUUAUUGGUCUAUCAGAAGAUGUCAUAUCAUUUUUUGUUACUGAGAAGAUUGACGGCAAUUUACUGGUUCAGCUUACAGAAGAAAUCCUUUCAGAAGACUUCAAGCUAAGCAAAUUGCAGGUUAAGAAAAUACUGCAGUUCAUUAAUGGCUGGCGGCCAAAAAUGUGAUGCUGGCUAGUUUUUAGUGAAACUGUAUGGGGUGUGCUAAAUACACUUCAGCUAAUACAUCACUUCCUGUUUUUUGCACUAAAAGCCCUUCCUGUAAAUAGUAGUAGAAGAAUUCUUACUAUGCAGACAAAAGUUUCUGAGUGGUGAACAGAUUUUUUUUGUAUGUCAAUAAUAAAGGUAGAGAAUCUGCAGAGGUGUGCCUUGUGCAUCCCUGAACGUUCAACAGCUGCUAAAAACUGGACAUUAAGGGAAUUUUUACUCCGUAGUCUGUUAAGACUUAGUCGUAUUUAUUACCGAAUAAUUUGAUGCUGAAAGACACACACCAAUCCAGUUUACAGUUUUGUGUUAACUGCAAAAAUGUAUUUCUUAAGGGAUUAUGUCUGUUCAAGUAAUAUUUGGCAACAUGCUGUGACUUUUUUGUUGCUUUUCUGUUAACAAAAAGCAUGUUCAGAUACACAAAAACAUCUUUUUUGACACUGUAUCUGAAAAUGUUAAGAAUUGCUGUGAAGUGCUACUAAUACACUAUCCUUGCAGCAUAUUUUUUAUUAACAGUAUCUUCCUGACUACCUGUAAUGUGGAUACACUUUCCAUGUUACUUUGAGCAAAAAGAGUUAAAUAUUUUAAAACAAAAGUCGUGUUUAGUUCAUUGCCCAAAGGGGAGGGAGAAGGGGGGAUUUUCCUGUUGAGCCACUCUGCCCUGGCCAAUUAAAAGUUUAUGACCUGUAGAUUUCAAAAGUUGCUUUUGUAGUCAGAUGGCUUGAGUAAGUAGCAUGACUUCUGGUCGUGCGGCUUUCUCAUGGGAAAGGCAGUUCACUUCACAGGCUCUUCCCUCAGCAGAUCCUGCCAGUCCCAGCCGUGAGCAUGUCAGAGGCAGCAGCUUGUUCAGCCACCUCCAGUUGCCCUGCUCUGGCAAAAGGAAACGCGUUGUAUUUCUUCUGCUGCGGUUACGAGCAUCUGAAAAUGUGCUCGAUGUCCUAUCCUAUUCCUGCGGUCAAUUCUGCGUAGGCAGGUGAUAGUACUCCUGUGGGAUGCCCUUGAAAUCAAACAUUAAGGAGAUGGAAAAUAACAGAAGCAGCGCAUGCAGUGCAGGUGAGAAUGGGCCAAGUGAGAGUUUGAGCCUGACCUCCAGGAAAUGUUUGAGAAGUUUGAAAUUUCACCUGCCUUGUUUGUAGUGGGCCAGGAGGAUGUGGGUUGUCACUUAAGGUAUCAAAGUGGAAGGGACUUGUAGCAGCUUAAGAUGUUCGAAUUCAGUUGCCCAGUUGCAAAAACUCACUGCAAUAGAUGUUGCACAGAAAUAACAGUCAAAAGUGAGUGUAGAGAUGGGAAGGGAGUGUUAGGCUGCCGUUAGAGCCCUUUCAAAUUUAGCUGGUCAGAAAGCUAGAAAUACAAUAACUCUCAAUAGUCUGUUACUGCUUGCCUGUGGCCGGCAGAGCUCUCAGAAAUGUCUGAGUACAGUACGCAAGAAUUUGUGGAGGUCAUCAGAAGUCAGUCUGUAGACUCCAUCGUCUGCAUCUGCACUGGGAGGAUCCUCGGGAGCCAGCACCAGGGAUGCCGGAGCAGCAUCAUGCUGUUCUGGCCCCUUCACCUGCUGAGCAGAGCCCUGGCUGGGUGAGACUCUUAUCUGCAAUUUUUACAUUUUUGCAGUGUGAAGAAUCUCUCUCCCUCCAUUGUAGGGCACAUGAUGGGAGUGUCAAGAAAAAUCGGAGAGCAGGGUACAAAAAUGGGAUUUUGCCUGUUUUCUCAACGAUGUUGACUCAUUGAAAAAAAAAAAAAAAGCACACCUGCAAAUGGAGCUUUCUGUAACCUGGGCAAAUUUCAUGUCCUGUCUCCAUGUUGAAGCGAAGAUGUGUUACUUGUCUUGCAAUAAUGCAUACCACCAGUUCUCAAGCAGAAAGUAAAGUCCAAUUGAUAUGGGUACUAAACAGAAAUGAGCCAGAAAGUACCCCAGUAGAAACCCCAAGCAUUCAUAAUCUUCCUCUUUUUCUUAAUGUAUUGACUUUUAGCAACAGAUCAAUAGCUAUUUUCAGAUGCUUUUUACUUAGCAUCUUAAAAUAUUUUAACUGCAAGAAAGACUAAAUCAAAUUCAAGUACCAUUCAGAUGUGUGUGGUUGUUGCACAUGCAACUUAAAAUCAUUGCUUUUUAACCCAAAUGAAUAUUCAGCUUUGAAAGGGCCAAAUUUUAAACAUCAAGUAUCUCUCUUUGUUUUGCUUGGAUUAUUAAUUCUGGGGAAACAAGUAUAAUAUAUAUAAAAAAGGAGAUUGCAAUCUUAAUAUUAAAUAUUUCCAAGAGCCCUAGGAUAUUAGUAUCCCUCAGAAAAUAGUAUUCUUUGACAGUGGAUGGAUACCUAUCUUGUUCUUUCUGCUUUACCUGCUUGGAAUGAUUUUUGUUGCAAACAGCCUGGUGGAAUUUGCAUUCAUGUGCUUGCUGCAUUUAGAUUGUGUAUGCAAAAACCAAAAUAGAAGUGGCCUGUAAGAAGGUACAGGAGUGUGUAAUGAUUUCAGAAGCAGGUCGUAUAUACCAAACUACAGCUAAAACCUCUAAAUUGCAAACUUGCUAUUAAUGUCCUUUCAAUUGUCUUACUCUGAUUUGGCACUGCUUACCUAUUUUUAUGCAUAAUAUGUUAGCGCUUCACCUUUCCUGUGCCCUUAGCAGCAGCUCAUCAGCUUAAUUUUCCAAGUCUUUUCUAGCAGUUUAGGUGUUUCUAACCUCUGUAUUGUGUGAAUGAUGUGACUGCAGCAUUGAGCCACCUGCUGUGAUGCCUAGGAUGGACUUGAAUGUUUGCUCUGGUAUAACCAAGAGAGCGAUGAGCAAGCCAGCCAGCCUGAUAGCGUGGCUCACACCUCUCCACCACCUGGGGAGGGAGCCUGGAUUCGGCAGCUCUGGGACUCACGGGAUCUAAUUUAUUCAUUUUCCUCUUGAGCUCAACUGCUGUGGUGGUAAGGGGUCAGAUCCGCCGUUGGUGCUAAGGCAGUCUGAAUACGGCAGACUGAUUUAAAUGGGCCAGUCUGACCCAAAGUCCCUGGCAUUAAUGGGAUAGUGGCACUUCUGAGAUGGGACAGGAGCAGAGAAGUCCUUUCAGCCUUAGCAGAGCACUGCAUGAUCUCUUUAGAAAGGUGGGGUGUCAAACCUAGAGGCUUAAAUCUAUAAAAGGUUACAAAAUGCUACACUGCUUAUGGUACUUAAAGAGGGAGAGCUGCUUUAAUGUUCCCCCAGAGAUUUACUUUAAUGUUCCUGCUGUGAUUAGAAGUGUCUGAAAGCUCGGGGGAAUAUCCCCAUGAUACGAACUUUCUUCCAGCUGGAGUCAAUAGGAGGAGACAGCACUGAGCGUUUGAUAGGACUUGCCUUCAGUGAAUUUAAAGCAUGUGUCACUUUGUGUCAUUUGUAGCAGGUCUGCCUUGUAAUUUUGCAUCUGCGUUUAAGGGUGACACUCAUUGUGAUUUGAGAGAUUACUAAUAGCUGAGUGUACUCGUGUGUUACUGAAAUAUUCCUGAACCUAAAGAGGUUGCCGAUUGUGGCAUUUUAGGGUUUGGUCUGAAUGAUGCACUUUUGAGCGCAAGCAAGUCUGUAGUAAAAAGACUUCAGUCUGUCAUUGGCAAGUGGUACUUGCUCCUUUUCCUAACUAUCCAGCAGUUUAUUAUUGGCCUCAGAGACUACCUGUGCUGCUUGGUUACACCUAUACUAGUAACCUAAACAACACUAGGACGUGGGUGCUCUCUCAUGGUAGUCCAUUGCUGUCAAACUGCUAGUGUGGGCUCUUGCGUGGUUUUGGUGCAAAUGAAGCAGCCUAUGCAAUGGGAGAUCCCAGGUAGCUCCCAAGUGCAGUUCGGGGGGUAGCAAUGCCCAGCUGUUCCCCGAUAGCAAGUUGGAUGAAAUCAGUCUUGUUUUGGAAAGUAAUGGAGUUUAACCAUGUAGAUGUGAGCUGUCUUGGUUGUCCUUGGCACCUGAGAAAAGUCUCUGGCCCAUUUUAUAUACUCAUAGAGAUGUAGCCAUCGAGUUCAGAGAAUGUGCAUCAUGCAAGAGUGGGCCUAAAAUCUUUUCAGAGACACUCUGCUAAAAUAGGUUAGUUCUAACCUUGGAUUUUUUUUUCGUGUUAAAUAAAUGUAAGGCCUCUGAUGUUUAGUUAUCAGUGUUUGAAGUUGUGUGUUGUUGGGGUUUUUGUUUGUCUGAGGGUUUCGGUAGCAGAACAUCUGGAAUGUUAUUAUGUAUGGAGUUGUCUUUUUAUCUUGCACCAGGAAAUACAUACUUUCUAUGCAACAUUCACAGGGCACGAAUGCUGAUGUUCCCUCCAGCUUGAAAAUGGGAUUCUAGCACAAAGGCUUUUGUGGAGGUGGUAAUAGCAUUGGCAAGGGGAGGGAUGAGGAGACAACUUGAGGGGUAAUGCUGGUUUCCUUUAAACACUCAUUGUGCCUAGGAUUAAGAUUCUUCUGUAUUGCUGCCUCUCCGGCUAACCAAAGUUGUAUUGAAAUCAACUCAAAGUGCAUAUUUGCAUUCGUAUUCUUGCUGUAUUAUAAAAAUAGCUUAGGGCUAGAAAUUUAGAGACAGAAAACAUUUGGUCCAUCCAAAAUUAGAAGGAAAAUGUAUUUUGAAGCGUUCCUUGCAGCUAGAAGCAAGGGAUUGAAGUAAAUACAUUACACGAGUUUUUUUCCAAUACAACGGUUUUACUUGCCACUUUAAUUGACUUUAUUCCACAACAGCAGCUUCAAGAGACACAGUGUACGUAGCAAUACUGUUUCAAAAACACCAUAUUUCAAAUCUGUCUAUAAAUACUUGAAGUGUUUUCUCCUGUGUUUUCUUCUUGAAUCAACUCCUUGAUUGUCACCCUGCUUUAUAAAGUGUGGCGGCACCAGUUAUUUGCAUGCUGGUAGUGACCUGGGCGAACGUGUGAAAGCCAAACACCGGCUAUGGGAAAGGACAAGGGCUUAGGCCAGCUCUCCUGGCUCAUCUUUUUGAUGCUCCGAAAGUUGCAGUGUUCCCAUGUACGAACUGUAAGGUACGAAUGAAAUCUUAAUCGGAGUGAGGGAUUGUCCAUAUUAUUUGUGCUAUUAGGGACGUCAGGGCAGUAAGCAAAUUCAGACCCCUUGUUGAGGCCUAGCAAUAAAUGACUCUUAGUUUGUUCUGUCUUAAAUUCCUAGUAAUCCAGGAGCUGUACAGAUUUUACCAUUUGUGUGCUUAAUAACCAAAUUUUCAGAGUAAAAAUCUGCAGAAUGAUUCUCUUGACUUGGACAAUCUUCUGAAUUGUAUUAAAAAUAAGAAUAUUUGUUAGUUCUUAGUGCUUUAGAUUCACUUUGGGUAGGUCAAAAAAGUAACUUUGGGGGGAGAAAAAGAGAAAGCCCCAAAACUUUGGCUUAGUACAUUUCCGUUAUAAAACGAAGCAUGGUUUUGUGGAAUUCUGUGCUGUUUCGGACUUUUGUGUAAAAGGCUGAAGGCAGGUUAUUUAAACCAGGUGCAAAUAAAUAUCCCUGUAAUGUAUAUGAACAAUUUUAAACCGUGUAUUGUAAGUAUAUAAACUGUAUAUUAAAGACACUAUUUUCAUGAUA